ACAUUACUGUCAUUAAUGACAGAAGAAGAAAUUGACAGUGACAAAACAAAAUCUUCUGAAGUUCUAAAAUCGAAGCGUAAUUUUUCAUAUUGUGAUUGUUACGUAAAAACACAACAUGUUUCAAGUAAUUUCUCGCGCAGCGAGUUUAUCUAAAACUCCGCUGUCCAGGUCCCUGCCAGCAUUCUCGACAUCAGUGCGUCUUGACAGCCGAGAUCCCAGCCGCCUCCGUGAGGCGCCUAUGAUUGACUCCGAGGUUGCCAUAUCUACUCCUGAUGAAUUACGUCAAAGGAAUCUUUUGGAAUCAACCAUAAAGGUCCCAGUUAAGGUGGAUUUAUCCCCUGUGAGCGGAGUUCCCGCAGAGCACAUCUGUUCUCGUCGUGUGCGCAUCUACCAGCCUCCCAAGAAUGCUAUGCAGAGCGGCACCAACAACAUCCAACACUGGGAGAUGGAGUUUGAUAACCGUCAACGCUGGGAAAACCCUUUGAUGGGCUGGACAUCCACCGGUGACCCACUUUCCAACAUGAAAGUACAAUUCAAGUGCCCAGAAGAGGCUAUUGAGCUUUGCGAGAAAAAUGGAUGGAACUGGUAUCUCGACGUGCCUAAGGUUAAGAAGCAGUUCAAACCCAAGAACUACGGAGUUAAUUUCUCAUGGAACCGUCGCACCAGGGUCUCCACCAAGUGAACAUGUUAGUACAUUUUUCCAAUUGUGGCUAUUCUACAUAGGCACCUUAUUAUACUAGUGAACUUAUUUAAUAUAAUGAUUUAAAUUCAAAUUUAUUUUUCAUUUUAUAUCAGAGUCAAGUAUGUUGGUUAUCCUAAAUAAAUAGUUGCUGUUGAA